GCAUUAGUGGGGUUUUGGGGUUUUUAUAUAAUUAGCUGUAAAAGUUGAGAGAUUAGAGAAGAGAGUUUGCAUACAGAGUCCUCAUAUAGGUGGGAGGGAGUUGUUUAAGGCCGUCUUUGGGAACUUGAACCAAAAGAAAAAUCAUUCCCAGCUUGCCCAUAAAAUUCAGCAAAACCCCAUCAUUUUAAAUUCACAAAGCUUAACUGUCAUUGGCUCUUAAGAUCAGCUUUGAACGCCUCGGUCUAGCUUCCACAUACUUCAUUCCACCCGCCUACUCCUUCAACUUUCGAUAGCUCUCAGAGCUUUCCAUUCCGUCGUGAAGAUGAAGCUUUUCAGUUGGAUGCAAAAUAAGCUUAACGGGAAACAAGGGAACAAAAAACCACAUACAGCUUCAACUUCGAAUCAUGUGAAACAAGAGCCACGUGAAGAAUUCAAUGACUGGCCCCAUGGCUUGCUAGCAAUUGGAACUUUUGGGAACAAUGAUCUGAAAGAAAAUCUAGAAAGCCGAAAUAGUCAAGAUGAUCCAUCUUCAUCUGAAGAAGUACUAGAUUUUACUCCAGAAGAAGUUGGAAAGUUACAAAAGGAGUUGACAAAGCUCUUGUCACGUAAACCAAACAAAGAGAAGGAAGUUGCAGAUCUUCCUUUGGACAGAUUCCUUAAUUGCCCAUCAAGCUUGGAGGUUGAUCGAAGAAUUAGUAAUGCUCUUUGCAGUGAAUCUGGUGAUAGAGAUGAAGAUAUCGAUCGGACAAUUAGUGUCAUAAUUGGUAGAUGUAGGGAAAUUUGUGCAGAUAAUAAAAAGAAAGCAAUUGGGAAGAAAUCAAUUUCCUUCCUUCUCAAGAAGAUGUUUGUUUGUGGAAGCGGGUUUGCACCAGCACCCAGUUUAAGAGAUACACUUCAGGAGUCAAGAAUGGAGAAGCUUUUGAGAGUAAUGCUUCACAAGAAGAUCAACCCUCAAAAUACUUCUCGGGCGUCAUCAAUGAAGAGAUAUCUAGAGGACACACAGAUACCAAAGAAGAGAGAUGAUGAUGAAAUGCAGGAGAAGACCAAUGAUGGAGGCAAAUGGGUCAAGACAGAUUCUGAAUAUAUUGUUCUAGAGAUAUGACUCUACCUCUAACUCUGCAAUCAUUACAAUUACAAGAUUCAAAUGUUUAUGCUUUUGAGUUUUGAGGAACUCAGACAUCGGGAUUACCAACCAUCAAGAAUGUUUUUAAUGGUGGCUCAUGAUCAGAAGACCACAAAAUCAAAAUGUAUUACUAUCCAAAAAAAAAAAAUGUAUUGAUACAGAUACUGUCUCUCUAUCUCUUUUUUCGAAGGUGCUUCACCUUUUUUUCAUGGUUGUAUCUGUGGAUACAGUACAACCCAUGUUAUAAGAUAUCGUCAAAAAGGAUUUCUGUAGUUUGUACUGGCAAGGCUAGACAUUAUCUACAUUUUUCAUCCGAUUCUACUCUUUUUUUCCCCUUUUCCCUGCUUAUUUCCUCUCUUUGUAAGAUAUUUUAUGGUGAAUAAUAUCGGAUUGAGACCUUGAAUCA